GAACGAUUGCUAUGCUGACGAUACCUUAUUAGCAAACAUCCACAUCAUGCCCGACUUACACAAGUCCCUGGCGUCAGCUCUUUUCGGAGCGGAAGAACGAGUUCCACGGCACUCUAGUGGUCAGUCGCCUUCUCUGGCGGUUCUCACGGCACGCUAUUCGCACUGAACAGCCAAUGGCUGUGAUUCCCGUAACACCAAAGAUAAAUCUAUUCUAGGACCUUGAACGUUGUUGGCCCCGGGAACAACGAGGCUUACCAUGCGGCUUUCCCCUUGGUAGUAUGAGCUAUGGGCGCGGGGGUCCUACCGGCCGUGUCAUUCCCGCCGUAGCGAGCACCGGUUCCAUGGCAUGCUGGCUCCUCCAUCAAGUUUAACCGUUCCUAUUCCCGCGCGAUGAUUCUGCCUUGCCCUUCAGGCCUUUCGAAGGAACAUGUCGAUGCCCUCACUGCGACUGGGAAGGAUGAAGAUUCCACCUUGCCCCGCAACCAAGAAAAACUUACAAAGCCAACAGUAUCACAACAUGAUCCCCGCCAUGAUUCUCAGCUAUAAAUGAUGAUGUAUUCCAGGGCUCUUGAACAAACAGCUCUCUCAUCAAUCAGAGAGCCAGCAUCGGCCAUUGCAAACAUGCUACUCCAUUAUCUCGCUCUUCUUCCUGUUGCGUUUGCUGGGAGCCACAAAGCCCCCUCAGCAACCACGCUCAACGGUACCUACAUCGGCCGUUACCUCCCUGAGUUUUCUCAGGAUCUGUUUCUCGGAAUCCCCUUCGCCAGAGCUCCCGUCCUUGGAAAUCCCACCCCUUGGGACGAGUCCUGGAGAGGUUCCCGCUCCGCCGAGUACAAUGGUGCAAUUUGCUAUUGCUAUGCGCCGCCGGCAGACAUGGAAAGGGCAAAUGUGACCGAGAAGUCGGACGAAUGCCUGAAUCUCAACGUCAUUCGACCAUCUGGCAUUGGUAAGAAGAAAAGGCUCCCUGUCGUUGUCUGGCUCUACGGCGGCGGGUUUGUUGACGGUUUCGGCGCCGAUAUCAACUCGAACAUGUCCUACAUCGUCCAAGCGAGCGUGGCCCAGCAGAUGCCCAUCAUUGCCGUCACACUGAACUAUCGUGUCGGUUUUCUUGGGUUCCCCGGCGGUGCUGAGGUAGCUAAGGAAGGCGUCACCAACUUGGGCUUCAAGGAUCAACGGAUAGCCCUGCAAUGGGUCCAUGAAAACAUUGCCGCUUUUGGCGGCGAUCCGGACAAGGUCACACUCUGGGGUCAAUCUGCUGGAAGCCACUCCAUCACUCAUCAGAUCUUGGCCUACGGAGACCAACGUGGCGAGAAGAGGCUUUUUCGGGGAGCCAUCAUGGUCAGCUCGUCAGUGGGCGUCGGAAACUCUCACCACCCAACACGCUAUGACGCUCUUGCCGGCUACAAGGGGAUUGUUCGGGCGACAAACUGUACUGGCGCCCAAGACACUCUGGCCUGUCUGCGGAGACUGUCUGGGGACCAGCUGUGGGAAGCAAGUAUGACAGUGGCCGACUUGGAAGUCUGGAAGCCGAUGGUAGACGGAGACUUUGUGUCCAUGCCUCCGACGCUCCAGCUUCUCUCGGGAAAGUUCCGUCGCGAUGUGUCUGUCUUGAUCGGAACCGGUAGUGAUGAAGGCCUGGGCCCCUCCAAAUCAUUACCUCAAGACCUGGACACGGACGAGGAUGUCCACGCGAUGCUUAGAUUGUUACUCCUUGACGCACGGAAUGAGACACUCGACCUCAUCAUGCGAGCGUACCCUGCGGAAGCCCAGGGUCCGCCCUACGCUUUGCCAAUGUCAGAGACAGAUCGUCUGUGCGAGGAAUUCAGGAUUGCUGGGGGCUUACGCUGUGGGAAGCAGUUCCGGAGAUUUGCUUCGAUGUUUGGUGACUUUUUCGUGAUCGCUGGUCGCCGGGCUGUCGCGCAGAAGUUUGCUGAGCUAGGCAUGACGGCAUAUUCGUACCGGUUCGAUACGUGGCCGACCUCCUUUCCGAUCACCAACUUUACAAACUUUAAGCCUGGGUUUGCUGGUCACUCCACAGAUUACUCUUACUUUUUCCGUUUCCCAAGGGAACACGACCUCUACGGCAACAACCCGCCAAUUCCGAAGGGCUCUGAGGCGCAUCUUCAGCUGUCACAGGGCAUUGCUGCCAAGCUCAUUGCCUACAUCUACACUGGCAACCCCAACGCGGUCUCUGUCCCCGGCUUUCCUGUCUGGCCCAAGUACGACGUCAAGAAGCCGACUAACAUGGUAUUCAACGCCACCGCGCAUCCCGACCGUCUCAACGUUCACAUCGAGCCUGAUACCUGGCACAAGGAGGGCAUGGCAAUCUGGCCAAGCCACCCGAUCGAGCUGGACUACCGGAAGACUGUCCCUGACAAUCUUAGAGACCUGUAAGCCUAUACGUGGAAGGCUUGAGCCAUGUGGAGGAGCUUAAGCUCUGGACCUUGGGUUGUUGCUGGAUGUGAGACAUACCAACAGCGCCUCAAAAUUCUAAGCGUUGUUUGUAACGCCACAUCUCGAGCUUUAUCUGGUUUCUAGCAACAAGAGUUUGUAUUCCCAGCACGUGGCAUAAUUUCUACGAUAACUCUUCAAUUCCAUCUUGCUGUGGGUCAAUCAACAUGUUUAUUCGAUGACUUUGUCA